AUGAAAGCGAACGGAUCGCGUCGCGAAGAGAAGGGAGGAAAAAAUAUCACGGAAAAAAUCAGGUGCGUCCCCCGGUCGGGUGCCGAGAGAAAAACAGUCGGUCGGGCGUCGGGGGUGGUGGGCGGGGGUGGGUGGUGGCGGUCGAUGCGGGGGGCGGGCGCUUGGGCGGGCGACGCGUGCGCGAACCUGCCCCCGGCCGGCGGGCGCGCGGUGCCGCGGCGCCGGCGGCCACACUCCCAGCGGCACCGUCGCUCAUCGCUCGUCGCUCGCGUACCGUCCGCCGCACAUUCCGCGCCGCCGCCGCUCCGACCGCGCCGACGCCGGCCCGCGCCGCGCGACUAA